AGUCUGACACAAGUAAUUAUAGCGAAAGUGAUGACGAUAAUAGUGAAAGCGAAAAUGAUGAUGCCAGUACUCAGUUACCAAGGACCCCCCAUAUUCAAUCGUUAAUUUUACAGGUCAAGUUAGAAAUUUAUAAUUCCCUCCGGAAGUAUUGGGGAAAUCCAAAUAAUGCAGGUCUUUUGGCGACAUUAUUGGACCUGAGGCUUAAGAAAAUGCGCCCUUGGCCUAACUAUAUACGAGAAAGAACUAUCAG